AUGAGUGUGCUUGUGUACUUUUGCCAAUGUGUCAGUUUCUUCUUGCCAUUCUCUUCCGCUUCGUUGCCCCUCGAUGCAGUCGGCAGGAGGCAGGCCUGGCUGCUGUCUCGACCAAACUUGCUGCCUCGCAGCCUCGCGCUGCAGCCGGUGACCUUGUUCAGGCAACUGGCCAAUCCGGCCCGGCUCUGGCAGGCAUUUGACGUCGGUCGCGGCUCCUCUUGCUCCGUUUCUCCAUUUCACACGAGCACUCGACAACAGCCUACCUGCCCGCCGCGGCGAAAGCAGGUCACUAUCUCUCCGUCCCUUCUUCCGGUCGUCUUGACACACACACACACACACACA